CACAGCCCUUGGAGUUCAGAGGCCUCUGCUGACUUCUGCCCAACCUCUUUCUCUCAGCACCCAAGCCCCCCCUGGUAUACACAGGAGCAGAGGCAGGCUAGGAAAAAGAAGAGGGCCUGGAGACAGAUUGUGAGAGGCUCAGAAGCCCAGUGUGCCUUCAUUCCAGCCCUGUCCAUCUGCUUCUGUGACAACAUCACAGAAAGGACAACUAGGAAGAUAGAAAGUGAGGCUUGAUACCUUGUGAGCAGUGGUGUCAUUAACUGUGACAUCUAAGAUGUCUCGAGAGAUGGGGGAGCUCACCCAAACCAGGUUGCAGAAGAUCUGGAUUCCACACAGCAGCAGCAGCAGCAGGCUGCAACGGCGAAGGGGAUCAUCCAUACCCCAGUUUACCAAUUCCCCAACGAUGGUGAUCAUGGUGGGUUUACCAGCUAGAGGCAAGACCUAUAUCUCCACGAAGCUCACACGAUAUCUUAAUUGGGUAGGAACACCAACUAAAGUGUUUAAUUUAGGCCAGUAUCGACGAGAGGCAGUGAGCUACAAGAACUACGAAUUCUUUCUCCCAGACAACAUGGAGGCCCUACUUAUCAGGAAGCAGUGUGCAUUGGCAGCCCUGAAGGAUGUUCAUAACUAUCUUAGCCAUGAGGAAGGUCAUGUUGCGGUUUUUGAUGCCACCAACACUACCAGAGAAAGACGGUCACUGAUUCUGCAGUUUGCAAAGGAACAUGGGUACAAGGUCUUUUUCAUUGAGUCUAUAUGUAAUGACCCUGACAUCAUUGCAGAAAACAUCAAGCAAGUGAAACUUGGCAGCCCUGAUUACAUAGACUGUGACCGAGAAAAAGUUCUGGAAGAUUUUCUAAAGAGAAUUGAAUGCUAUGAGGUCAACUAUCAACCCUUGGAUGAUGAAUUGGACAGCCACCUGUCCUACAUCAAGAUCUUCGAUGUGGGCACACGCUACACGGUGAACCGAGUGCAGGACCACAUCCAGAGCCGCACAGUCUACUAUCUCAUGAACAUCCAUGUCACACCACGCUCCAUAUACCUAUGCCGGCAUGGUGAGAGUGAACUCAACCUCAGAGGCCGCAUCGGAGGUGACUCUGGCCUCUCACUUCGGGGCAAGCAGUAUGCCUAUGCACUGGCCAACUUCAUUCAGUCCCAGUGUAUCAACUCCCUGAAAGUGUGGACCAGCCACAUGAAGAGGACCAUCCAGACAGCUGAAGCCCUGGGUGUCCCCUAUGAGCAGUGGAAGGCCCUGAAUGAGAUUGAUGCGGGUGUCUGUGAGGAGAUGACCUAUGAAGAAAUCCAAGAACACUACCCUGAAGAAUUUGCACUACGGGACCAAGAUAAAUAUCGUUACCGCUAUCCCAAAGGAGAGUCCUAUGAGGAUCUGGUUCAGCGUCUGGAGCCGGUUAUAAUGGAGCUAGAACGACAGGAAAAUGUAUUGGUGAUUUGCCACCAGGCUGUCAUGCGGUGCCUCUUGGCCUACUUCCUGGAUAAAAGUUCAGAUGAGCUUCCCUAUCUCAAGUGUCCUCUGCACACAGUGCUCAAACUCACACCUGUGGCUUAUGGCUGCAAAGUGGAGUCCAUCUACCUGAAUGUGGAGGCUGUGAACACACACCGAGAGAAGCCUGAGAAUGUGGACAUUUCCCGGGAACCCGAGGAAGCCCUGGACACUGUCCCUGCCCAUUAUUGAGAUCUUUCUGAGAUGUCAAACUGCUUCGGUCCUAUCGUCCACCUUUAGGAACUGCUGUCCUUGCUAUUCUCCUAUUUUGAGAAGAUUGUGGCUUUGGCCUCACUGGGAGAAGAAAUCCUCAGCAGCUCCCAAACAGGUCUCAGUUCCUAGCUACUACCAAGGAGCAACCUAGCUCUGGAUGAGGCUCUUUCUUAAUUCCUAUUCUCUGAUCAAUGAAGACUUCUCUUACUGCCUAUAGGAGGACAGGAGAAGGUCAUAGGGAGACUUCUCCCAUUGUUUUCGAGAUUCUGAUCCUGACCCAGUUCUGGUGUUGUGGAUGUGGAAUGGGUGAGGAGUUCCUGAGAGUUUGGGGUAGUACCUGCAAAGAUGGGGGAGAAGAUAGGUCCUUGUGAGUGCUGGUGGAGCUUGUUCCUUGGUGGUUGAUGUAAAUGGGGGCAGGACACCUUUAUCCCUAUUUUCAGAGAAGAAUCUGGCACUUGGGCAAGUGAUCAUCUUCUCUAACUCUUGUUGCCAUCCUGAGUGUUUUCUGUCCAUGUGAAUGACUGACCAUCACACAGGCCUCACACUCUGAUCCCCUCAACUCCAGUGAUCAACACCCUAUCAUCCCAUGGAUCUUGGCAUCAUCUCCUCGGUCUGACCUUGAGUUCAAGCAUCCCACUCUCAUUCAUGAGUCUUCACAACUCUGUCAUUCAUAGGGUCCCUAAUAGCACACCUCCACACAGUAGGCAUACAUGUGGUAUUUCUUAAUGGGCAGUACUUGUACAUCAAGAGUAUAGUCCUUUGACUUCCCCAUUAUCUCCCAACCCAUCAGUCUUCUGCCUCAGUUUUCUUCCAUCCCUAACCAGCUUGGGUCCUAUGGUCUGCCUCUUAAGUUACUAUCUAUACAUCAACUAUGAGACAAGCACCAAGUGACCCAGUGGUAAAAAGUCUUCAAAAGACUUUAUUCACACACUUGCUGCCUUUGUUCUCUUGUUCUUUCAUCAUAACCACCCAAUGAGAUCCAAACCCUAAAUAAUUCAUACCUCCAUUUUUGUUGAGACCUACUACAGGUUGUAGAUCACUGCUUAAAAUGAUGAUGAUCUAUAUUCAUCUGCUUCCAUACGCCUAAAUCCUGUUCAAUAGUCAUGUUCUAUUUUCUGGUACCUUAUCCCACCCCACCCUCUUGGACUACUUCUGUCAAUUCCUGACUCUUCCAUCUACCUUCUGGCCCUCUCUAUUGGUUUUGGUGUCAUAGUCUUUACAAUAUGCUUAAGACUUUCCUAAUCCAGGAAAACUGUCCCUUGUUCCCAUGUUUACCCCUAGUUGCCCCCCCUUCUGUCCCUCCAUUCUUACAGAUAAUUCAAAACGAAUCUGUACUUACACUCUAGAACUCUUUCUCUUUGCAUUCUGCUUUUGGCUUCCCCCCUUCGUAUUUUUUUCAAGCUAUUAUCCUCGGGUUUGCCAUGCUUUCCUAGGCUUCCCCCCACUGAAGAAAUACCUGCCUUUUAGCCUGAAGCUGGACCCCACAUUCCCAAAAGAGCUAUGCUGAUCUCUAGCUCUUCUACAAACCCAAAGUGUCACUCACAAUUACCUAAGCAAAUUAAAAGAAAAAAACUCCAAUUCAUUUUGCAAAUUUAAUAACUCUAAUACCAAAAUAUGACAGCACACAGAAAGCAAACAAGAAAGCAAGAACAGCGAACAGAUUUUUUUCAAAGCAUGUCACCCUCAGCUGAUUGGUAGUAGCUGCUUAGGACUGCUGUGUGGACAAAGAUUCCAAGGCUGUACCUUGGCUCCAUGGGAAAGACUGCUGCAAUUUAUUAGUGGUGUCUGUAAACAUGGGGAAUAAACCUGAAAAUGAAA